GCCUUGAUUGAUGGGUAUUCCAGUAUCCUACUACUGAAUAAGCAUAGGAGUCUACUCUCCGAGUCCUCAAUACUCCAUACCAAAUCUCGUUGGCAGCACCAUAUAGAUACAAUCGACAUGGUUCUUGGAGCACCACUCCUGGGAAGAGACGAUUACGGUUCACAGAAUGCAGUGAAAUUAUUCCUUAAGCCUCUCCCCCGUGCGAAUUCAGUAUGCCACAUCUACUUCCUUAGGGUAUUUCAACAGUCUAGUCAGGAGGCACUCAGUCAUGCUGUUCCAUGGGACCUACUUAGCAAGACCCUUGGAACUAUGGCAACCUUACUAGACACACUCUCGUUCGACGUCAUGGUAUCUUAUCAUGAGAGCUUUAGUAAAUUGGGUAUGGCCGACAUCGAUGUCAACCCACUCUACGUCUGGGUCCAAGGGUUGAAAUUUAAGCUCAUGGUUGAGUUUAUAGUUGUCAGUGAUGAUCUCUUGAUUGUAUGAUUCGAAUACAGUGACGACUGCUUUGACAAUAGUAAUAUUGUGUUGCUCAGAAAAUUGGUUGUCACAGCUCUAGGAAUGAUUGUUGAUGGCACGUCGCUCGAAAUUGCAAGAUGUUGUCUAGUGGCUACAGAAAACAUAGAGGGAUUCGCUGGUGAUUUGUCGAUCUGAGUGAGGUUUAUAGGGUACGUCUGGAGGACCUCUAAACUUCAAAGAUUGACAUACAUCCACUCAAAUAUGAUACUCGUCGCAACAUACAUAUAUUAUUAAACUUAAACGGCGAGAUCAGAUGCACUACAUACGUUGUACAACGCGUAUAUUAACCGAUGAUGCAUCUGUCGUUGCGUUCUGUAAACAAUGGCACGCGUACGUGUAGGCCUUCUAGUAGGUCUAUAGGCCAAGGUAUAACCGAUAGACAUAUAGGAACUAAGUGCUAUAUAUAACACCCCUGGUGUCCAACAACACAUG